AUGAGUAACCCAUUGGAUGCUGACCCCACACCUUGUAACCAGAAGAGUGGCAUGGACUUCCGAGACAGGGGCAUCUAUGCUCAGCUAUUGGAGUUGAUGCUGAACUUGCAGCAGACCAUAGGGGAUCACUUCGUGAAGUUGACAACCAGGCAAUGGCAGGCCCAGUCACCGGAAGAGGCAAAUCGCAUUCAAGUUGUCCGUGAGCAGGAGGAUGUCAUAAACCAUACCGUGUGCCAGGUGAUCAGCCUCCUAUGGACUGAAGCUGCAGCUGACCAGAGGCUCCAGAAGUCUCUCCAUUCCCUGAACUCUCGAGAGGUUUGGAAGAAGUCCCCAUCACCUAGGCAACCUGACCAGCCAGUUCGGCAAAGCAGUUUUCAAGCUUCAUUUGUCAGUCACAUCCUGUCCAACCGCGGGGUUGACAUCUCUGACUUUUACCAGUCACACUUCCAGGACUAUGAUGCCUACCAGCAAGACAAAUACCAUGAGGAGAAGAACCCUUUGGGCUUUCUUAACCUUGGUGUCAGUGAGAACAAGCUCUGCGUGGAUCUGAUAACGGAAAGGUUGUGUCAGAAUGACAUGAACUGCAUUGAGGAGGACCUGCUGCAGUACUCCGACUGGAGAGGGCACCCACUCCUGCGGGAAGAAGUCGCUCGGUUCCUGAGCUAUUACUGCAGGGCGCCCACUCGCCUUGAUCCAGAAAAUGUGGUUGUUUUAAAUGGCUGCUGCUCCGUCUUCUCUGCCUUGCUCAUGGUUCUCGGCGAUCCAGGUGAGACCUUUCUGGUCCCUACUCCCUUCUAUGGAGGCUUCACCUUUGUCUCCCACCUGUAUGCAAAAGUUGAGCUCUUUCCUGUCCACCUGGAAAGUGAGAUAACUGAGGAGAACUCGGAGCCUUUCCAGCUCACCGUGGACAAGUUGGAGAAAGCCCUGCUUGAAGCUAGGCAGAAGGAAAAAAAGGUCAGAGGCCUUGUGCUCACCAACCCCCAGAAUCCUCUGGAUGUCGUCUACUCCCAAGACUCACUGAUGGAAUAUCUGGAAUUUGCCAAAAGGCAUAAUCUACAUGUGAUCAUAGAUGAAAUUUACAUGCUGUCUGUGUUUGAUGAAUCCAUCAAGUUCCACAGUGUUCUGAGCAUAGAACGUUUGCCUGACCCUGACAGGACCCAUGUGAUCUGGGGUACCAGCAAGGAUUUUGGCAUCUCUGGUUUCCGCUUCGGUGCUCUGUACACCCACAACAAAGAGGUGGCCUCUGCCGUGAGCGUCUUUGGCUACCUCCACGGUAUCUCUGGCAUCACCCAGUAUAAGCUGUGUCGACUGCUCCAAGACAGAGAGUGGAUUGACACAGUGUACCUGCCUGCUAAUCACUCCCGGCUCCGGACAGCUCACAAGUACAUCACCAAGAAGCUGAGGGCCUUGAAGAUUCCCUUUGUCAAUCAUGGCUCUGGCCUGUACAUCUGGGUCAACUUGCAGUCGUACCUGAAACCGUGCACAUUUGAGGAAGAACGGGCACUCCAUGGCCGCUUCCUGGACAACAAGCUGAUGCUAUCCCGCGGCAAAUCCUACAUGUGUAAGGAGCCAGGCUGGUUCCGCAUCAUCUUUGCAGAAAACCACGUUCCACUCAAACUGGCCAUGCAUCGGUUCAAACACGUGCUAGAGGAACAGAAUUACGACUGGAUGGUGAAGCAGCUGGAGGAAGCAAUGAUGGAGUAGAUGGCCUGCCUUGUGGCCAGCGGCUCUGCCAGGCACACGCUCGCUCAGCCCCAAUGUCGGCCUCUGGUCCAG